AGUUUAAUAGUAGCGCGGUCCCCAUACGGCUGUAAUCAGUGAAUUAGAAAAAAAACACCCUAGCAGCGAUAUUCUAUGAUAGAUUUUUUUUCCUCUGCGCUCGCCUUUUUCCUAGGCCUUGCCCCCCCAAAGCCCCUCCAAAAGAGGGAACUUUUUCUCUGAGGGGGCUCCAAGGAGAAGGCCAUGAAUUACGAAUUUGAGCGAGAGAUUGGUUUUAUCAAUAGCCAGCCGUCGCUCGCUGAGUGCCUGACAUCUUUUCCCCCUGUCGCUGAUACAUUUCAAAGUUCAUCAAUCAAGACCUCGACGCUUUCACACUCGACACUGAUUCCUCCUCCUUUUGAGCAGACCAUUCCCAGCCUGAAUCCCGGCAGUAACCCUCGCCACGGCGCUGGCGGCCGCCCCAAGCCGAGCCCCGCGGGCAGCCGCGGCAGCCCGGUGCCCGCCGGCGCCCUGCAGCCGCCCGAGUACCCCUGGAUGAAGGAGAAGAAGGCGGCCAAGAAAACCGCACUUCUGCCGGCCGCCGCAGCCGCCGCCGCCGCCGCCGCAGCCACCGGCCCUGCUUGCCUCAGCCACAAAGAAUCCCUGGAUAUCGCCGAUGGCAGCGGCGGGGGAUCGCGGCGCCUGAGAACUGCUUAUACCAACACACAGCUUCUAGAGCUGGAAAAAGAAUUUCAUUUCAACAAGUACCUUUGCAGACCCCGAAGGGUGGAGAUUGCAGCGCUGCUGGAUUUGACUGAGAGACAAGUGAAAGUGUGGUUUCAGAACCGGAGGAUGAAGCACAAGAGGCAGACCCAGUGCAAGGAAAACCAAAACAGCGAAGGGAAAUGUAAAAGCCUUGAGGACUCCGAGAAAGUAGAGGAGGACGAGGAAGAGAAGACGCUCUUUGAGCAAGCCCUUAGCGUCUCUGGGGCCCUUCUGGAGAGGGAAGGCUACACUUUUCAGCAAAAUGCCCUCUCUCAGCAGCAGGCUCCCAAUGGACACAAUGGCGACUCCCAAAGUUUCCCAGUCUCGCCUUUAACCAGCAAUGAGAAAAAUCUGAAACAUUUUCAGCACCAGUCACCCACUGUUCCCAACUGCUUGUCAACAAUGGGCCAGAACUGUGGAGCUGGCCUAAACAAUGACAGUCCUGAGGCCCUUGAGGUCCCCUCUUUGCAGGACUUUAACGUUUUCUCCACAGAUUCCUGCCUGCAGCUUUCAGAUGCAGUUUCACCCAGUUUGCCAGGUUCCCUCGACAGUCCCGUAGAUAUUUCAGCUGACAGCUUUGACUUUUUUACAGACACACUCACCACAAUCGACUUGCAGCAUCUGAAUUACUAAAAACAUUAAAGCAAAACAAAGCAUCACAAAACAAAAACCCCUUUGACCAGGUGGUUUUGCCUUCUUUUAUUUGGGAGUUUAUUUUUUAUUUUCUUCUUGACCUACCCCUUCCCUCCUUUAAGUGUUGAGGAUUUUCUGUUUAGUGAUUCCCUGACCCAGUUUCAAACAGAGCCAUCUUUUACACAUUAUUUUGGAGUUUUAAUUGUUUUAAACCUAACUCAACAACCCUUUAUGUGAUUCCUGAGAGCAGUAUGAGGCCUGCAAGAAAGUGAUCAUAUAAUUGUAUCUUCACUUUCUUUUUAUUUUUGUAUUACAUUAGGAUGCAUUGUCAUGCAUAUUUUUUGUAGAAUAAAUUCUCCUUUGCUAUAAGUA